AUGGCUGAGAUUUUGAACAAGUCCGGUGUCAUCUACGGUGACGACGUCAGAAAGCUUUUCGACUACGCUCAACAAAAGGGUUUCGCUAUUCCUGCCAUCAACGUCACCUCUUCUUCCACCGUCGUUGCUUCUUUGGAGGCUGCCCGUGACAACAAGUCCCCAAUCAUCUUGCAAACUUCCCAAGGUGGUGCUGCUUACUUCGCCGGUAAGGGUGUUUCCAACACCGACCAGAACGCUUCCAUCGCUGGUUCCGUUGCUGCUGCUCACUACAUUAGAUCCAUUGCCCCAGCCUACGGCAUCCCAGUUGUGUUGCACACCGACCACUGUGCCAAGAAGUUGUUGCCUUGGUUCGACGGUAUGUUGGCUGCCGACGAGGCCCACUUUGCUGAGCACGGUGUCCCAUUGUUCUCCUCCCACAUGUUGGACUUGUCCGAGGAGACCGACGACGAGAACAUCGCCACCUGUGUCAAGUACUUCACCAGAAUGGCCAAGAUGAACCAAUGGCUCGAGAUGGAGAUCGGUAUCACCGGUGGUGAGGAGGACGGUGUCAACAACGAGCACGUCGACAAGGAGUCCUUGUACACUUCCCCAGAGACCGUCUUCGCUGUCCACGAGGCCUUGGCUCCAAUCUCUCCAAACUUCUCCAUUGCCGCUGCCUUCGGUAACGUCCACGGUGUCUACAAGCCAGGUAACGUUGUUUUGAGACCACAAAUCUUGGGUGACCACCAAUCCUUCGCUCAAAAGAAGCUCGGUGGUGACAACGCCAAGCCAUUGUACUUGGUCUUCCACGGUGGUUCCGGUUCUACUCAACAAGAGUUCGACACUGCCAUCACCAACGGUGUUGUCAAGGUCAACUUGGACACUGACUGUCAAUACGCUUACUUGGAGGGUAUCCGUGACUACAUGCUCACCAAGAAGGACUACGUUUCCUCCCAAGUUGGUAACCCAGACGGUGAGGACAAGCCAAACAAGAAGUACUUCGACCCAAGAGUCUGGGUUAGAGAGGGUGAGAAGACCAUGUCCAAGAGAAUCGCCGAGGCCUUGGCCAUCUUCCACACCAAGAACCAAUUGCCAUAA